AUGGCGGCGGAGAUGAGCGAGGUCAUGUCGGGGGAGGAGGUAGAGAUGUCGGAGGAGGUGUCGGGGACGGUGUACUCGGACAUGGGCGUCGACCGGGUCAUUGACCUGUUUACGUCGGAGCUGUCUUCGGAGCUCCGGGACCGGCACGCGGCUGCCAUCCGGCGACUGUGCAGGAGCUACCCCGAGGGCAUCGCGAUCCGCGACCUGCCCAAGGUCGACCACCUGAUGGACAUCACGAUCCGGCUGGUCGUCGAGGAGGGCGACGAGGAGCUGGGAGAGCCCCUGUGUGCUAUGCUGCAGGCACUCAGCCUGCCCUUCCUGAAGAAGUCCGCGACGGACGAGUUCCGCGGGUUCACGGCGAUUUCCGCGAUCUUCACGCGGAUAUCCGAGUGCCUGCGCACGUCCAUGCCGCGGGAGGUCGUCCUGUCGGCCGCGGCGAUGCUCCAGGCACACGCCAGCGCGUAUGGCGCGAGCCGGAGCUGGGCGGGGCGGCUCACGGACACGGGGCCCGAGGCCGAGAAGAACGCCGACAUGCGCGUCUUCCUGCAGAACCAGCGGCUGCUCGGCAAGUCCGGGACGGUCGAGGCGGCGGUGCUGUUCCUGAGCCAGCUCCUGUCCGAGGACAGCGACGACCCCGACAGGGACGAUAUAGUCCUUGCAUUUGUGGACCUCCUGGUUCUGUUUUCCAGGUCUCCCGACAACGCCGAGAUCCUCGCGGAUGCCGGGCUGCUGGAGACGAUCCCGCUGCUCCUGGAGCCGUCGAUCUCGUGCCGCUGGCUGCCCCAGGCCGUGGACCUGAUGUGGAACGUGCUCGACGCGCACCCGGAGGCGGCGCGCGCGCUCAGCGAGGAGCCGGCGCGCGAGCUGGCCACUGCUAUCCACGGGGUGCUGCAGCACGCCGCGGAGCACGGCUACCGCCUGCAGGACAAGGAGGCCCGCAACGACCUCGUGGCGGUCAUGUGGAUGCUCGCGGCGGGGUGGGAGUUCUCGCGCGCCCUGCGCGACGUCAAGUGCCUCAUGCUGCUCCUCGACGUGGUGGUCUGUCCGGAGUUCAACGCGGCCCCGAGCGCGGCGUUCGAAAAGAACAUGCUCUCGCACGACACCGAGGACGCGCAGCUGAAGCGCCUGGCGUGGAGCGUCGUCACGCGCGUGUGCACGAGCUCCAGCUCCGGGUCGGAGCCCGACCAGGGCGCGCUCGACCAGGCCAUCGGGACGGGCUUCCUCCAGGUCCAGCUCAUGUACCUCGACACGGACCCGGACCUCGAGCUGCGUGCCCGGUGGACGGCGGCGCAGUUCCACGGCCUGCGCAGCCAGGUGCUGUCCACGCUGUGGUCGCUCGCGGCCCCGUGCGAGGAGCAGCUGUCGGACAUGGGCCUCGUGCCCGCGCUGAUCAACUUCAUCCACAGCGCGGACGACACCGAGUCCCUAGCGAAGGCCAUGUCGGUGCUAGAGCGCACCGCGCAGCGCCCGAGGUACUGGGACGAGCUGGUCCGCGAGGGCGCCGUCGCGCUCUCGCUGUCCAUCUUCGACUCCACGCACGCCGAGGGGCGGUCCGGCGAGAUCCGCGAGAACGCGCUGCUGACGAUCUGCUGCCUGUGCCAGUCGCGCCCCGAGUGCGUGGCGCAGUUCCGCCGCGCGGGCGGGAUCCCCGCGAUCCGCGCGGAGCUCGUGCGGCUGCGCGGGCUCGACCACACGCUGCCCUCGCCGUUCGCGGCCGUGGUGCUGCAGACCGUCUGGGUGUGCAUUUCUCACUGCCGCAAGAAUCUGGCGCGCUUCCUGGCCGCGGACGGCAUGGACGCGCUCCUCGACCUGCUCGAACCGAUCCACGAGUACCUGCGCCCGCUGCUGCUCAGCGCGCUCACGGACAUGCUGGCCAACCCCCGGUCGCACCAGUUCCUGCACGACUGGAGGUCCUCCAAGGACGGGGAGUCUGCGGUGCACCACGUCAUCGCGCUGUGGCGGCAGGAGGAGGCGGCGCGCGGCAUCGGCGCCGGAAGCACGCUGUCGAACCUCGAGCGUCCGCUGGCCGGCACCGGGAAGCGCGUGGCGUGGAUUCCGCGGUCAACGGUGGCGCAGGCGGUGCGCGACAAGCACAAGGCGGAGCAAGUCGAGACGUUCGCGCGCGCGUGCACGUCGGACGGGCUGCUGGUCAAGGUGUACUGCUUCCUGGACGCGCUCGGGUGGGACUCGAUGGACUACCUGCCGCACGAGGACAAGGUCACCUUGUGUUUGAUCCAGGGGUACGUCAAGCUGACGCAGGGGGACCUCUGGCAGGACAUCGUCGAGUCGUUCCGCGAGUCCGGCUUCCGCCCGACGUCGCCGGACCAGGCGCGGCUCGACAUGGCCGUGGAGACGGUCCACGAGUGCACGCGCGACCUCGCGGGGACUCAGAUCGAGCUGCAGCAGUCCCGCUACGACGUGGCCGCGGAGGGCGAGCAGGCGUCGUACACGCGCAUGAUCACGCAGCGCGAGAUGGACGCGGAGGCGCGCACGUACCGCCGCGACAAGACGCGCCUGUCGAUGAAGGAGCGGCAGGCUCUCAAGGCGCGCAAGGAACAUAUGAUGCGGACCAGCCUGCGGCCGGACCUGGGCUCGCACCAGCUCGACAUGCCGUUCGAGGCCGCGCCGGUCGCGCCCGCGAUCGCCGGCGACGCGCGCUUCGGCGCCUACGACAGCGACGAGCCGCAGGUGGAGUACACGCAGCGGUCGGAGCACAGCGACUGGCAGACGGGCUCGAUGAGCGCCACGGGGGGCACCAGGCGCGACGCGCAGAUCCCCGAGGACGACGACGAGGGCAGCGACGAAGACGCCGCGGAGCUGCGCAGCGGGGUGGGUUCGCAGGUCUCGAGUCGCGCGGCGAGCCGGCCCACGUCGGUGGGGACCUCCGUUGCGCCCCAGCCGCCGCUGCCGCGGCCAGUGGCGGGGCAAGUGGGGGCUUUGUGA